UGCAAGCUUCCUGAAAUACCGGCGGCUGUUUCGUGAAGCGAAAACGAAAGAUGUUUUUUGUUUUUAAUAAUCGUUAAUUUAUUAUAUCGGUCAUGAAUGUGAUAAUGACGAAGAGUGUAUCCGUUCACGAGAGGAGUCGGUUAUCUUACGAGAUAAUGAGGGUUUUCCAUAAAUAAUGUAGACGAGCUCAAAUUACUGUUUUGUAAUCUCGAGCUCUGUAAUUUAAACCAGUUCUUGUUAUUUUACUCAUUUUGAAAUAUAGUUUGUAAUCUUUAUGAAACUCGUUACUGUUGAGGCCGUGCGUGACUGUUCAAACUCCACGGACUGCAGAUAUGGGAUAACACAGCAGUAAUCAGAUUAAUCGGUUUACUUCACUGUUUCAGAUUUGUUCAGUUGUUUGUAUGUUGACAUGGAUCAGAACAGUCAAGAGACUCGGAACAUGGAGGAGGGGAAGAUAAGUGAGCCAUCGAUCCUUCCACAAUGUCUUGAUCAAACGGAUGUUGCAUAUUCGGACAGUGAUCUCCCAUCAGAUGACCACACAGACUUUAUCAAAGAGGGUAACCAUUGUGUGAAUGAAGCUCACAGGAUGCCUUCAGACCCAGAGGGGCUCUUGGAGCCAGAGUCAGCAGAUCCUACAUCAGAGGAGAGCACUCAACCACAAGAACAUUUAACAGAUAUUCAGAAGCUACACAUUGUUGAUUAUGAUAGGCCUUUGGGUGCUGGCGGUUCAGAGACUGAUUCUGGCAAAGCAUCAGAGGACUCUGCCUUAGUGGACAAUGGCCAUGAUGACUCAGGCGAGUUUGUUGUAACUGUGUUAGCCCGGGCUAAGGUGGAGGAACAGGGGAUGGGGAAUAAAGGGGCCUCAUCUUCUCUGCCGGAGACUGGUACACCUCUGGGACCUCCCUCGCACAGGAACGAGGAUGUGACGGCGGAUAGUUGGAGACAGCACAGGAAGCAUGUGUUCGUGCUGAGUGAGGCUGGGAAGCCCAUCUACUCUCGAUAUGGUAGUGAGGAGGCCCUGUCUUCUACCAUGGGUGUAAUGAUGGCUCUUGUUUCCUUCGUUCAGAGUGGAGAUAACAUCAUUCGCUCAGUUUAUUCGGACGAGCACACGGUUGUGUUCAUGCAAAGAGGUCCUCUGGUGCUGGUGUCCGUCUCCUGCAGCCGCCAAUCAGAGCAGCAGCUCCGUCACGAGCUGAUCUACGUCUACAACCAGAUCAUCAGCAUGCUCACGCAGGCCAGCAUCACCCGCAUCUUCGAGCACAAGAAGAACUAUGACCUGCGACGCCUACUGGCCGGCUCGGAGAAGAUUCUAGAUGGUCUUCUGAACCUCGUAGAUUCUGACCCCAGCAUCUUACUCUCCGCUGUGCACUGUCUCCCCCUGGCCUCAUCUCUCAGGGACUCCCUCAGCCAGAUCCUCCAAAAGGCCAUCACACCAAACCUGGUCUUCUCCAUCCUCAUAGCCAAGAACCAGCUGCUCACAAUAGUCCAAGAGAAGAUGGUCAUUGAUGAUGCCAGACUGGAUCCUGCUGACCUACACCUUCUGCUUAACCUCAUCGGGGCCUCGUCCGCCUUUCAGGCUGGGGAGAUCUGGACGCCCAUCUGUCUGCCCAGUUUUAAUCCUGACUGUUACUUUUAUGCAUACAUCUCCUAUCUGGACCCUCCAGAAUGUACUGUGUGUCUAGUUCUUCUCUCCACUGAUAAAGAGGCAUUUUAUUCGGUUGCUGAGUGUAAGAGGAAGAUCGAUGAGGCCAUGCAGGUGCAUAAUGCGCUGAUCUCCAUUGCAAAAGCUCACUCGUACAGUGUUACUCAGGUGGGAGUGUCUGAUCUCAGGCAUUUCAUGUACAAGCCCUUUGAUGUGCCAGACAACCAUCGCCAACUAACACAGUUCACCAGCCCUGAAAUUGAAGCCCCUUACAGCAGUGAAGAGGAGAAAAUGAGACUCUUGGACCUGUAUAGAGACCUACACGGCCGUAUCCACAGUACCUCACGCCCCCUAAAGCUCAUCUACCACGUGGCUGAACGUGAGACUCUGCUGGCUUGGGUCACAAGCAAAUUUGAGUUGUACACCUGCUUCAGCCCGCUUGUCACAAAAACCAGUGCCAUCAAUGCCAUCACCAAACUGCUGCGCUGGAUUAAGAAAGAGGAGGAUCGUCUCUUUAUUCGCUACCCUCCGAAGUACUCCACCACCCCCAACCCCAGCAAAAGCUCUAAAGGAGAUGCACACUGAUAGAUGGACCCACCUGCGAUCUGACCUCUGCAAUGGCUGCAGUCUCUGCAUUUACACUUAACAAACUCUGUAAAACUCAGUUUGGUAGUAGAGUUGAGUUCAGUAAACCAAAAUAUCCUAAUCCACAGUGUGUACAUAAUUUGAUAUGUACCUCUUCCUUUUUUCUUUUCUUUUUUUGAUGGUUUGACAGACCUGGACUGGAUCACUUAUGAAUUUAUACAUUGUAGAAAAAAAUACCACUAAAGAAAAUAAGCAGUACAUUGGAAAAGAUUCAAUAAAAUGUGGAAUAUUUUUCUCCGGUCUUACUCAACACAAUUGGUGGCAUUGACUGUGUGAGCUAUCAUUGAUUGUUUUACUUCAUCAUAAAAUAAUUUUUAGUUGUUUAAUUACAUAGAUUAGUAAAUGUUUGUUAUGCUUUGAAAUAAAAUGUUUAUUGAAUUGGUCUCCCUGUCAAAAUCAAGAGACAAGCUAUUUGUUAUGGCUUGAACAGUUCCUCUGAUUAUGUCUUAUUUAGCAUGGUAGGCCAUGCAAACUUUCACAUUGCAUCCUUAUCAGUUGUUCGUAUGUACUUUGUGAUGUAUUCUUUUGGAGGUUUCUCUUAUGUGGUUUUGUAUUUGAAACCAAACAGACCAAACCUUGCUCCAUUUGAAUAAAAAAAUUAAAAAAAACAUUUUGACAAGCUGCAAUAUGUCAGUACACUUUAAAGAGGAUGAAUUAGUACAUUCUUUUAUCGCAUUUAUCACAAUAUCUACUUUACUAUUAUUCUUUUUCUUUGGUUUCCUAUUUGACUUGCCAGUCGAUUUUGACAUUUACUUUUCUGGCAUGUGCAAAAUUUUAUGACGUUUUGAUAUAAUAAGAUCAGGACACUGAGUUUUAAACCACUGGACAUAAUAGUAAUAAUGUGCAAUGUAAAAAUAUUUUGAGACAUUUAUUAUUGCAGUUUUCAAGUUAUUUUUUUCUUUCUGGAAAAUUGAUCUGUUCAAAACUAUUUUAAUUA